UCCCAUUAGCAAAUUGAAGUCCGCAUCAUGCGGACAUUCAGAAUCAUGAUGACUGAUUGUAUGAUUACCACUUCGUAUAUAAUGAAAAAAUCAACAAAUCGCCAAAUAAUGUGAACAAGCGGCGACAAAACAAAUGUAUAGUAGCACUCACUAGCAGGUAGUUUUUAUGGUGCGCAUUUGGUAUAGCUGUACGGUAUUCGAAGAAACGACCUUCCAUGAUGAACGAAUCGCGCUUAUCCGCAUCGUUAGCUACGAGUCCAUGCUUAGUUGUUAUGUGCGGCUCGUUGGCACAGCAUGUGAGCGGCAAAAAUACCCAAACUCUAAACUUUCAAAUACAAAUAAGUCUUGUUCAAAUAGCAGAGUGUUAAUUCAAAAUAAUAUUUAGACUGUUCAACUAUUUGAUCUAAAAUGCCGAAGUUUUUAAAUAUAAAGUGUUUUGCUGUACUGAUAUUGUGUUUUAUGUGCGAAGUCGUAAAUUGUGAUACGGAAAACAAUGAUUAUGUUCAAUUCAUCGACGGCGAUUUUGCAUCGUUUCCCAAGUGUUGCCCGCUACAAACAUUUCUAAUCGUGACUGACGAUGGCUUCAACUGCACCGCUGGCGAAAUAACGUUGACACAUUUGGAAAUUUUCGCGUCAAAUAUUGCAACGAACACAACAAUCUUUUCGGACAAUUGUGAGGGUGUUGAUUGCGUCGAUUAUUUGAAAAAUGACACCGAAGUGUACCUCACGCGAAUGCAGAAUUGUUAUGCGAAAACUAUAUAUAAACAAUAUUUUGACUUUCCGAAAUGUUGUCCGUUUGAUCAGGUCUACGAUCCAGAAAAUUAUAAUUGUGUGCCGCAUAAUCACACCGUGUACGCGUUUAAUGAAUCUUUGCAAGUUAUUAAUGUGAGUUUGUCGCAUUGUCCGCCAAUUAAUUUCGCCAUUGUGAAUCUGUACGAUGAGUUUCAAGUGAAUGAAGACAAAAGCGUUACCUUAACCAGCGGUAAAAGUUUUAAACAUGGAAGAUAUUGCAUUGAUAAAAAUAUAAGGAGUGGAAAGGAUAUGAUUCGAGCUUGUAUGGAUUAUGAAGAUGCUUGCGAGAAAAUGAAGAAGAGGUGUGUUAAGAAAUGCUGUCCGGACGGAGAAGCCUAUAUAACUUUUGGCCCUGGACCACCGAAAUGUCGUCCACACUAUUCCUCAUCGUUCAAUUUAUCUAAUUAUUUCAGAUUUCAUCAGUCAGAUGAGAAUAUAGAAUAUGGCAUAUUACGAACUGGACCAGUGAAGAGAUAUUUAGCAACAACUAAUCACAAAUUUUACGUAGACAUGAAAGGAGAUUUUCAUAUUCGAGAAGAAGAUUCUGAUUGGGCCCAUCUGUCCCCUAGAGAUGCAUAUUACUGUGUUGAAAACUAUAAUGAGAAAAUUACAUCGUUUUUGUUCGUCGGUCAAAUAUUUAAUUUUCAAUUGGUCAAAUUCUACGUUAAUGGUAUAACUUUAGGACUUUCAUGCUUCUUUCUUGCGCUCACAAUUAUGUGCUACAUGUUCUUGCCGGAAAUGCAGAACGUACAUGGAAAAUCAAUUAUGAUGUUUUGCAUUUUUAUGUUUGUGGGUUUUCUAAAUUUGAGUUUUGCGCAAUUACAUAAAGUACCAUCAAUAAAUAUCUGCACUACAAUUGGAUUUACCAUCGUGUUUUCAUUCCUUGGCGCGUUUGCGUGGAUGAACGUCAUUUGUUUUGACAUGUGGAUGGCUUUUGGAACGAUGAGGGUGCUAAAUGUACAAAACAAGCGAAAAGAUCAAAAGAAGUUUUUGUACUACAAUCUUUACGCAUGGGGAGUACCAAUUAUCAUUUGUGGAUUUGCUGUGACUGCGCACAUCUUCAAGUUUCUUCCGGAUGAAUACAGCCCGCACAUUGGAAAAGUCAAAUGCUAUUUCGAGAAAUAUGAACAUACUACAUACGACUAUUUUAUAUACUUCAUCAUCCCCGUUUCCACAAUGAUACUGAUUAAUGUCGUAUAUUUUAUUAAAACAGCAGUUUAUUGCUAUAAAGUGAAGAACGAAAUUCAUAAAAUGCGCGGCUCAAUUGGUGAUAACAAAGAAGCGAAACAGCGCAAAUUUAAAGACGACAAAGAAAAAUUGAUAAUGCUGGUAAAACUUUUUCUGGUUAUGGGAAUAUCGUGGACUUUUGAAGCACUGUUUUCAAUAUUUUCGAUUACGGAUACUUCUGUCUUGCGUGAUGUGGAAGCUGUUAUAGAUUGCUUUAAUGCAUCACAAGGAAUUAUAAUCUUUUUCAUAUUCAUUGUAAAGAAAAAAGUAUGGAUAUCAAUAAAGACACGAUUGGGAAUGAAACCGACUCGCCGUGUGUCGGAAUUUAGUACAGGUAUUACAAACGAUUUAACUUCUGGAAGUGGUAACACGGGUAACGGUAACACCGGUAACACUCUCAAUGGAAGCGAAUACCACCGCACUCAUAAUUAAAUCACACGUGAAACUAAUAAAUGUAGUUUAGAAUGCGAGCUUAACCAGGAAAGCACUUCUACCCAUAUAGUUGGUGGUCUUUAUUGUUCUCUGUGUUUUAUGCAUGGCGCUUCUGCAGAUUGUAUAAAUAUUUCAAGAUAGGAAUAAACAAUUUUAGGUGUGUUCCGGGUCACGCAACGAUUGCAUAAUAUGAUGAUAACCAAACACAGAGUUGUUAACAUUUCUGGCAAACGAUAGAACAUCCAAAUUUACAAAAGUACUGAUUGUAAUACAUUAGAUACUCCAGUAUGUGUUUACAAAUUUUUAUCCAGUGAUUGUAUGUGCCAUUAUUAGAAUUAUUUAGAAACAUUUUAUAUGUACUUUUGUAUUUGUGUAUAUAAGUAUAGUUUAAACACAUUUCUGUAUUAUCUACUAACAAAUAAAUGUUGUUUCACGCUGCAGUAUCUUAAA